CAGCAACGUCUGAAACCCCACCUCCUCUCUCCCCAUCUGUCUCUCGCUCUCUCCACCCCAUCUGAGGCGGCGUGGAAUCCUGACUGCGUUUAAUUGCAGAGUGGCAACCAGGCGCAAGAUCUGAGGGAAAGAUCGGGAAUCACAUGGAGCCACCACGUCUGUCAACGCUUUACGAGCCCCGACCCUGAGAGAGCGCGAGAGAGAGGUGCAGAGAGGAAGUGUUAGGAGUUUGGGAAAGAGUGAGUUGAGUCAGAAGGAAAUUUCUUUUACGCAGUGGGAAAAACAGAGCUUGGAAGAAGGGUUUUGAGAAAGGUAUAGCGGAGGAGAAAGAGUGAAGUAGGAGAGAGGUAUACAAGAAAGCCUGCAAGUGAGUGCAAGAAUUAUAAGAAUGGUUGGAGAGAAAAGAAAACAGGAGGGAGGGAGAAGUUAAGAGGCCCACCAUUGAAGAAAGGGCAACAGGCUUCGUUCGAGAAGAACAAGAGGGAGAAGUAGGAAAACAAGAGUAAGUUAGAGUAAGAGGAAGGAAGGGGGAGGUGAUUCUGAGGGAGAACAAAAAGUUGGAGAGGGAAAGUGAGACAGUAUGUGUGAGAAAAUCUGAGGAGAAAUGACUAGACUAGAGUUGCGCAGAUGAGAAAAGCAGGCAUUGUGGAUGGCCUGGGUGGAGAGAUGACGAGUAGGAAACCAGUUGUUUUCUAAGUCGUUUGGACCAGUGGCUUUCGGACUGGUAUGCACUCUGAGAGCACGGCAGCGAGACACAUUCCAUUCCAACCAGCUUUCUGUCACCAUUGCUUGCAGCAGGGGCCCCAACAUACACGUGGCCCUGUGGAUGGAUCAUGUCUACGCAUGGAGCCUGGCAUAGCCCAGUGCACAGCCCCGUUCCCGAAGGAGUUUGGGAUUGCUGAUGGCAGAUCGGAAAGGACGGGAACUUGCGGCACGUCUCCGCCACGGCAGGUUUACGUCGAGGAGAUUCAGCAUCCAUGCUAUACCUGGUGGGACAGGCCGUUGAACUCUCCGCAAGCCCCUUGCGCCUGUGUGAGAGAGAUACGGCAAGAAUGCGGGUGCGUCCGGCGGUGGUAUUAUCCGGAGUUGCCGCUGCACAAAUUCAAUGGAAGCCAUGUUCCACCACACCUGAAGGUCAGAGGUCACAACACAAAGGUGUUGUAUGUCUCAGAGCGGCAGCAGCCCCAAUGGGACAAUGUUAAGUUAUCCACAUACAACGGACACUGUCCGAGGAGACGAGUGUCUUUCCAGCAUCCCGAAGAGCGACAUGGCUUCAACUCUACUGAGACUAGUAGACAAUCAAGUCCUAGUAAGGCUCACUAUAAUGGGCCAAACUCUGGACAGGUGGCUUUUUUCCCAACGGAGGUGCCCCCAAGCAAACUAGGGUGCUCCAGGGCCCAUGGGCCCAUGCUGAAGGUAAACGGAGCAGAGCAGGAAACAGGGACAUCUCAGGUGGGCGUAGAUCUGGAGAACCAUAGCAACAAGAGGAAGAGCCAAGGAACAGUACGAGAACAGAUCAAGCAAGUGGUUACAGAGCUCGAAGAAGUGCUGGGUGGUCUCAAACAGGUCCAGUUGGAGAUGAAAGAGGUAGUCCAACAGAUCGAUAUUCUAACAUCAAACAUCGACCUUACCGAAGAAGACCCAAGUCCAUCCAAUGGAAUCGCUCAAGAUGGCAGACACCGAAGCAGUUGGACUAGUGUUGUGGCUUUAAUCCACAACUCAAAUGCUGAACAGGAAGUGUCGCAGAGGAAUGGAGUGCAAAAUGACACUAAAACAAGGACUUCCUGUUCCUCUAUCACACACAGCCCCGUUUCUGUGAAUGCAAUUCACACUGACAGUCCUCCGCCAAUGAGAAACCAGGUGAGUCCAUCCCCUACUCAGCAGCAAUUGGCUACCGUUGAGGAUAAAGACAGCAAAGUUGGGAAACAGAACUCAGAAAUGCAAAGGAUAAAGAACAAGGCCAACGGCACCUGCCUUCCACAUCGAACAUAUAAAGUCAAACCCCAACAUCACAAAGGGCAACUGGAAAACCACAGACCUCCUUCGAAUAAAACCCAAAGACCUCCACCAUACCCCCAGAAUGGACAGGUCAAAAUGAGGACACCCCCCUACCCAGGAAAACACAAGACACUCUCCUCCACCAUAGUUUAAGGAGACAAAACCAAGUUGUCCUAUCAUCAAUAAAGAGGACAACAUACCAACAAAUACACCCUUAGACAAAAACAUAUAGACUUACAUGCACAGUCCAAUAUUGGCACACAUACAUUUUCGUUCACGAGGGACCCGAAUGCCUCUUGGUGACGAAACUCAGGUAAAAGUGAAUGGUGACUGAGGCUGUCAGUCCAUAUCAUUCUGCCUGACAUAACUUUUCAUGUUGGAACAACAUGAGGGGAUUGAUGCCACACAACUCAUCUGACUCACAUUGGAGGAGAGAGAACUCCAGACUGAUGGUCACUGACUGUAUUUCCAAUGGAAAGCUCCAGAAACAUCUCAUCAUGUGUGAACAAAAAAACUGCUUAAACUAGUUUGAGAGGUUUGCCGGUAUGUUUGCCACUAAGCUGGUCAGGCUGAUCUGGUUUGAUGGUUUUAGAGGGGUUUUGGGCACUUGUCGUCUGGGAGACUAGCCAAACCAGCAUAAAUCAGCCAAGAAAACUGAGCUCAUCAAACCACUUCUUGGGGUCUUUAAUUAGUACUAGAUGGGCAGUUUUUCUCUCCAGAUGCACCAUGUAAGCUUUUUAGAACAAGUUACCCUUCCUGACAAAACCUGUGACCUGAUUUCUUCUUUAAAAGUAGCGCAAAAGAGGAAUAAGCUGCUCUUAUGUUGGAAAUUUAUGACUUUAUAACAGAGCUUUGAGCUCUCAGAUAUAUGCAAUAUCAGUUAGAAUGCCUAAAAAGAGGAAGAGUUUUAACAUUUCUUAAUAAUGUCUUUAUUAUUACUUUUAAUCAGACCAAAGAUUGAUUUUUGGUCAUUUUUGUUCAGGGAGGUUGAAGGAUCAAUCAUUCUGCUAAGCUAAAGCUAAUGUACACUAACAUUGCCUUAAAGGCAGCUCAUAAAACCACUUUAGAGAGAAUAUACUUCUGGUUCUGGAUUAUAGUGGAUAAAUACUAACACAGCAUUGCAGCUGUGGACUGGAAUUAUUCAAGCAGUGUUUAAAGCCAGUAUAAGCCAUUUUUAUAAACUGUUGCAAUCAUUUAGUGGCAUUUUCACCCUGCAUGUGGCCAAUAGAGAGCGCUUCAGGCCACAGAAAAACCAAAACGGUAAUGCCAGUGACACAUGAAUGUAUUAUAACUGUGUCCAGCUCACAUGAAAUAAAACAUUGAGUGUUUAAAAUG